UACCUGCUGUCUUUAUGUCCAAUACUGACACCAACUAAGUGACAGGCAGACAGAAAGAAUACAUUGAUGGAAAAUGUCAAACAUCAAAAUGUCAAUUGUAAACUUGGGGUGACGAGAAGCAUUGAACUAACAGAAGCCUGUUGUAACCAGAUUUGAAUUUCAAACUGUAUCACAGGCUCAAGUGACACAGAUUUCUGAUUGGUUGAACACAGUGGGAGGGAAAACGCUGUGGCUGACGUCACUAACGGGCAGGAGACGGUAAGCGGCGGGAGAAGUGCAGAGAACGAGAGACUUUGGACUAGCGACUGUCGAAUGUUUUCUGUGUUUUAACAAUCCAUGGGAUGAAUCUUCAACAUUCGUAUUGCUUGUCUUUAAAUGAUUCAAGUAAAAACUUUGGAGUUUGCACGUGAUCUUCUGCUGGCCUACUUGGAGGAAAAGGAAGAUGCAAUGUUUUUCCAUGUGGAUGACGUGUGCCUUCCAGAAGAAGUAAAUACAGAUGACGUGAAUAUGACUCCUAAUCAUUGUAGUAUGCGGAAAAUGAAGAAAUUUCCACCCACACCCUCUCUCAGACCCCACCCCCUCGUAGAGCCACUCCCCAGCCCAGAGCCCCACCCCCUCCCAGAGCCUCGUUCCCGCCAAGACCCCCACUCCGGCCCAGAAUCCCACCCCCUCCCAGCGCCCCGCUCCAGCCAAGACCCCCACUCCGGCCCAGAAUUCCACCCCCUCCCAGAGCCCCGCUCCCGCCAAGACCCCCACUCCGGCCCAGAGCGCCAUUUAUAUGGCAUGGGGCGCAGGGCAGGGCCAGGGAAUUGGCCAGAAUACAAUGGGAGAACCAAUUUCUGUUACGGAGGCUCUUGGCCUUGGCCAGUUCAGAGGAGGAGAGACGCCGCCUCCGACAAAUCUAUGGCGCAAAAUAACCCCCCACCCCGGUCCAGGCCCCUGGUGUGGCACAGCGCCACAAACGGCGCCAAGGAGGCGCGCAGGGUGGCCUCAGAAAACCAAGGAGAAAAAUGAGGAAGAAGAAUGCUUUUAAUUGUCUUCAUUUUGUUUUUCUUCUUCAUGUUCUUUGUUUGAAUUGUUAUGUUAUGUAAAUGGAUAUAUUUAAUAUAUAGUGUUCAAAAAUAACUUUGUGACUACAUUUAAUAAAUAAAUAAAUGCUCUGCUAAAAAAUGA